UGGGUGCUGCGGCUGCUGUCCCGUCCCGCUCGUCCGUCCGUCCGUCCGCGUGGCCGCACAGAACGCGCUCAUGGCCCGGGAGCAGCUGCUCGGGGGCUCCGGGCUGGCGGGGGCAGCCCUGGCGUGCUGCCUGGUGGCGGCGGCCGUAGCCCUGCGAUGCUGGGCGGUGCGGGACCGCCGGCGGGCGCUGCGCCAGGCCAGCCGUCAGCAGGAGGCGUCCCUGGAAGCCAUGGGCCGGAUGGUGCGAGCGCUCCGUCGCCAGAAUUCAGGGUUAGACGAAGAGACUGUCCGGGGCCUGUCCCUGGACCAGCUGGUCCAGAAGCUCAAGAACAAAGAGCUGUCCCCAGAAGCCGUCCUCUGCAGCUACCUGGGCAAGGCCUUGGAGGUAACCAAAGAGAUCAACUGCGUGACCAGCUACCUGGGCGGCUGCAAGGCCCAGCUGGCAGAGGUGGCCCAGCACCCCGAGGCGGGCGGCCUGCUCUAUGGGGUCCCCAUCAGCAUCAAGGAGUGUUUCCAGUACAAGGACCAGGAUUCUACCCUGGGCCUGUACCGGAACAUCGGGUUCCCAGCCAAGGAGGACUGCGUGGUGGUGCAGGUGCUGAAGAAGCAGGGGGCUAUUCCUUUUGUGCACACCAAUGUGCCCCAGUCCAUGUUCAGCUACGACUGCAGCAACCCCAUAUUUGGUCGUACCCUGAACCCUUUGAACAGUGCCAAGAGCCCUGGUGGGUCUUCAGGUGGGGAGGGUGCCCUCAUAGCGAGCGGCGGGUCCAUCUUGGGCCUGGGCACCGAUAUUGGGGGCAGUAUCCGAUUCCCUUCGGCUUUCUGUGGCAUCUGUGGCCUCAAGCCUACUUCUGGCAGGAUCAGCAAGCGUGGACUGAAGGAAUGUGUCCGUGGGCAGCUGGGAGUCCUCACGUCUGUGGGGCCCCUGGCCAGGGAUGUCGACAGCCUUGCCUUGUGUUUGCGGGCCUUGCUAUCUGAGGAUAUGUUCCUCCUGGACCCCAUGGUGCCCCCGAUACCCUUCAGGGAGUCUAUUUAUGACAGCUCGGAGCCCCUGCGGAUUGGCUACCAUGAGACCGAUUUGUACACGAUGCCCAGUCCCUCCAUGAAGCGGGCGGUGCUGGAGGUCAAGGCGCUCCUGGAGGCCGCCGGCCACACACUCGUCCCGUUCCUGCCCUCUGACAUCAGCGAUGCCGUGGAGAACCUGAUGUCCAGCGAGCUUUUCACUGACGGAGGCAAGGCUUACCUGGAGAACUUCAAAGGUGACGUCACAGACCCGUGCAUGGGGGACCUGACCCUCAUCCUCAGGAUGCCUAAUUGGCUCAAAGGCCUGUUGUCCAUGAUCCUCUGGCCUUUGGUGCCAAGACUCUCCACCUUCCUGCGCAAUUUGAAAUCUCGGUCGGCCGGGGAGCUUUGGAACAUACAUCACAAGAUCGAGAAAUACAGAGAAAAAGUCAUUGCCCAGUGGAAGGAGAAGAACCUGGAUGUGCUUCUGACCCCCAUGCUGAGCCCUGCCCUGACCAUCAACUACCCAGGCAAAGCUACAGGAGCCCUCAGCUACACCAUGCUCUAUAACUGCCUGGAUUUCCCUGCUGGCGUGGUCCCUGUCUCCAAGGUGACCUCAGAAGAUGAGGAGGAACUGCAGAAUUAUAAGGGCUACCUGGGGGACCUUUGGGACCUGAAGCUCUGCAAGGGCUUAAAGAAUGGCGUGGGGAUGCCGGUGGCAGUCCAGUGUGUGGCCCUGCCUUGGCAGGACGAGCUUUGCCUGCGAUUCAUGCGGGAGGUGGAGAGAGUGAGCAAGGAGGCCAAGAAGUAGCCAGAGAGCUCUGGGGACCCCGCGGCCCCUUCUCAGCAGCCACCCCGGCCUUCGGCCUUAGCCGGGGCAGCCAUGGCCCCAGGCCCUUCAAAGCCAUGAUGAGACACUGCGACUCUUCCCCCCUCUGCCCACCCCCCACCUCCCAGUCCGGUUCUCAGGGACAAACCCUUUUUCCUUCCCCUCCUCCCCAGUCCUCCCAUGAAUGUCACAGACCAAAAAUGGUCCUAAACGGGAGGGACUGGAAGAUCCUGUGCCUGACUUCCCAAUAAUAAGAAUAAUUCCAGGAACAAA